GCGGGAGGGCCGCUUGGCUUUUCGCAGACAAAGGUAGAGCGUUUCUCUGGACUGACCACGCAGCGACACCGGCCACAUCUGUGCAACCCAACACCCGAAUAACACACUCUGCACCUCCUCGCCGCUGACCUUCUGCAUUCAAGCGUUCACUUCGCUGUAACACAAUAGGCUUGUAAGUCGUCCCUUUUAGGAGGCGAGUUGACAGGGUUGGUGCGGAUUGUUCGCGCUUGGCGAAGCUGCAACGCGGAGAGAGAGAGCGAGCGCGAGCGAGCUGGCUUCGGUUUUGUUUAAAUCCCCUCGGUGGGAUUUCGCUGUCUUAACAUUCCCGCCCCCGCUUUGGAACGCACCUGAUUAGUAGGACAGGUCUCUCCCCCACACUCCCACAAAUUCGAACACACUUGAUUAAUUCAGGAUUGUUGUUGUUUGUUUCUUUGCCAUAUUGGGUUACUUACCUUAAGAUUUUUUUUUUUACUUUUUUAUGCAGGGGGCGAAAUCCUAAUUUAGAGGCCUGCUUUUUUUUUCCUGGGUGGAGUUAGCUCUCCCUUGGAAAUCGUAAAAGUGGUGCGUACUUGUGGGUGUUUUUAACAUUUGCCCGAACUUCCUCUGGAGUUCACCUGUUGCUGAACAAUACUGAUCUCUGAAAAGAUACUGGUCUGGUCUCUGUUACAGCUGUGGCAUCACGUCACUCCUGUUCCUUCAGAUUUAAAUCAGCAUCGCUGAUGGCAGAUUCUUACCCAGUGUUCCAUGUCUGCCACAGCUAUGCUAAUCUUUCUGGUUGUGAAAUCUUUUAAAACUGCUUGGCUCCAAAAGCUCCCCCCCCCCCACUUUAAUCUGCUGUAAUCAUUUUAAUGUGUCUUUAUGGUUUUCAAAAACCUUUUAUAGAUCACGACUUUUGAGGGCUAGAUUUUCAUUCAGAAAUGAAACCAUGGCCAAAUUUGUAAUCUAUAUUUGGUUUCUUCGGGACACUUAAAGAACCCUCAAAUGGGGUUACCGGUGGAAGACUUUAAAACUAAUACAUAAAUUGGUUGGCUUUCCAUAACAAUUUGACUAUUUUGGGGAAUAGCUAAAGAUCAAAGAGGCGGAAAUAAGGUUUUUGUUACAUUUUUUUCAGCUGAUUCCUGUUGUUGUUUGGGGUGUGAGGGAGAAUCCAGGCACCUCUGUUUUCUUUUAUUGGGGACAGGAAUCCAGAUGGUAAUGAAUUAUCUUGAGUGUCAAGGAUUGUCACAUGUACAUUGGCAUUUUUCUAUAUUUUUUGCAUUAUCUAGAAAGAUAAUAGCUGAAAAUAGUGACAUGGGCCACUUGCUGGGGGGGGGGAGGGGAAUCGGGUAAUUGUAAUGGCCAAUUGACUCAGGGCAUAAUUUUAACAGUUUCACAGCCACAUUUCCUGACAAUGUGGUUUGCUGAAAUAGGUAGCUUUUUGAGCAAAACCCACUAAUUCUCAGACUGUGAUCCUAAAUACAUCUGCCUGAAACAGAAGCAUUUUCUAUCAGCAUCAGUGUGGUUUACUACAAAAAUAAGUUUUAAGAGCCCUCGGGAUUCGCUUCGAUCGCAGGUCCCUAAACCUGGCCCUAACAACCAACCUGUAAGGUGGGAUACUAGUGUUUCCAACCUAGAUUGGGGUCCCAGAGAGUGGCAUGCUUAAAAUUGCCUCAUAGAGGCAAAACAUUUAAGCCCAAGGACUUCCUGAUUUCUACUUAGUCUUUCAGCUACCAGCUCGUUAAUAUAUUGCUAUGCUGAUGAAUGAAGUCUCUCUUCUAAGCUCGUCAAUGUUCUGAAUGCCAGCCACAGGGAAUGUGUGUAGCCAACAUGACUCACUUUCCUGUUGUGAGGCUGACCCAGCCAUUCUCCUCUUCCCCCCUCCUCACCCCCCCCCCGUCUGUCAUCAUGUAUUUUAGUUUCGUGGAAUGACACAUUAUUGUGGUUGCACAAGCAGAGAACAUCUGACGUCUGAAAAAUAGGUGGAACUGACCAAAACAGGUGCCUCUGGUCUGAGCCAUUCUGCCUAGGCUGUAGAGUAGUGUGGGGAGGGCUGUAGCUCAGGGCUAGAGCACUUGUCUUGCAUGCAAAGGAUCUCAAAUUCAAUCCCUGGCAUCUCCAGGUAGCAGUGGGAAAGACACCUGUGUGAAACCCUGCAGACUUGCUUCCCAGUCAGUGUGAAUACACUAAUAGCCUGACUUGAUUUAAGGCAGUUUUUUCUUGGAAGGGUAGGCCUUUAAUGGCUGCUAGUUUUGAUGCAUAUAUGCCACAUCCCAGAUCACAGUCUGGGUACCAGCAAUGAGAGGUCUGUUGCCCCCGUGUAUUCUGCUUAAGGGCUUCCCAGAGGCAUGUGGCUGCCCAUUUUUGAGAGUCAGGGUGCAGGACUAGGCAGGCCUAUGGUCUGAUCCUCUUCCUAUGUGCUUAUAUAGAUCUAAGAACAUCACAUGGGUAACAAAUUGAGCUUUUGGCCUUCUGGAAUGGGCAAGGACUGAUGCUGCAGCCUAUGCACCUCUCUGUUUACAGGAAUGGCUGGUGUGCUGUCCAUCAAAUGCUUUUUGGGACUCCAGUUCCCAGCAGUCUCAGCCUGCAUGGCCAGUGGUAAGGGAUGAUGGGAGUUGCAGUCCAGCAACAUCUGGCAGGCACCACAACAGCUGCCGUAGUCAAUGGUUACUAUUUAAUGGAUAGCUGCUUUGGCAUCAUGGUUCAACUAGAGGGAUGAGUUUGGAAGUUGGAAUACCAGGCUCAGAAUCCUGCUGCGCUUUGACGUUCGCUGGAUAGGCCACAGGCAAGGUUUUACAUUUUCAGCUUAACCAGCUUCUACCUCACAGGGUUGUUGUGAGACUUAAUAAUGCAAUCCUUCCCUGCCCAAUGUUGUUAUCUGACACUGGAAAGGGUUGUUUGUGGUGUUAGGCUGUUUUCAGGGAACGGCACCAAGUGGCUUUGCAUCCAGCACUCCCUAGAGCAGGGGUAGGCAACCUAAGGCCCGGGGGCUGGAUUCGGCCCAAUUGCCUUCUAAAUCCAGCCCCCGGACGGUCUGGAAAUCAGCGUGUUUUUACAUGAGUAGAAUGUGUCCUUUUAUUUAAAAUGCAUCUCUGGGUUAUUUGUGGGGCAUAGGAAUUCGUUCAUUUCCCCCCCUUCAAAAUAUAGUCCAGCCCACCACAUGGUCUGAGGGACGGUGGACCGGCCCACGGCUGAAAAAGGUUGCUGACCCCUGCCCUAGAGAUCCCUCUGAGGAGUUCCAUUCCUAGGCCCCUCCAUUGCGCCAGUCUGGAGCUGGCAUAGCACAAAGAAAAGGAAGAGCCAUUCAGUGGCCAUCCUGGCUGAGUGUGAGCCAAAGGUCUUGGGAUGCCUAGCUGCAUGUCCAGCUUCUCACUCCUGUCUAGUCCAAGUUAGGAUUGCCCUUUAAAAUGCUCUUGUGCCGUGAGGUCCUUGAUUCAGCUAUACAGUAUGGUAAUAUAAUCAAUACACUGCACCAAUUCUUAAUUGGUGGAUUUUGUAAGCAAGCAUUUUUUUUUUAAAAAAAAGAAGCAGCUUGAGGCAAUUGAUUCCUGGGGGAAUUGGGGAAAUUCCUUCAACCAGGAAGGCUGUGGCCAGCCCUAGUAGUCUACUUCCCAUCUGUAUCUUGUAGUCUGCCCUCAUAAGACGUUUGUUACCGCAGAAUGUUAGGGCUUUCCCCAUAUAAUCUCCCGUCUGCAUUCAGUUUGAUUACAUUGGAAGAAAUAGGUCUCUUUUUGUGUCACCCCAGGCACUGGGAAUAGAUUGCCCUGUGGCAGCAGAUGAGGUUACAGGUACUGCCAACAAUUUGUGAAGAGAUGUAGUGCAUCAGUACCUAUACUGUGGUGGCCAAUCUCCAUAGUUAAAGAUCACAAAAGUCCUAAGAUGUUUAAAUCAAAAAUGCCAGACCUACUUUUUUACUUUAUUUCUCUCUACCCCAAGAUCUCUGUUUCCAUUUUUAUUUGGCCAGAAAACAAUAGAAGUUAAAAUAAAUGCAUUGUUGUCCUGUCAGGCCUCUUACAUAUUAGAUAUUUAAUUUCAUGUUUCAUACCUUUUGGUAAUGAAUCUUCUGACCACCCCAUGCAAAAGAUGUACUUUCAUCCUGACCAACUCUAGUGAGUGGCAGCUUUAACUAGGUCAUGAGUCUUUAGCCAAGGAAAUCUAUGUGUUUCUUGAAAUUGCAUUCAGUGUUCUCCAUUCCAUUAGGAACUUGGCAUGUUACCCCUAACUGCUUGUUCUUCCCAAUUUUGCCUUACCCCAUUUGCGGCUUGUGGGAUAUAAUUGGCCCCAGUGAAAACUUCCACAGUGCACCCACUUUCAACUUUCAGUAGCAAGGAAAGCUUGCAGACAUCUCAUGCAUAAAUCCAUUGUCCCAAUGUCAAGCUUGCGUACUGUGGAAACUUCAAAGCGAAACUCCCAUUUUCUUCUCCGAUGACUUAUAUCUUCCUUUCUAGAUAACUUUACCCCCGCUGAAGAAUGAUCACAUUUUGGAGCAGGAAUAGUAUUUUGCUCAUAUGAUGUUGAUAACGCAAACUGCUUUUAGGGGGAAAUACAGCAACUUAUUCGCUUGAUGCAACCACAGUAAAGUCAUUACUAAAAUGUAGAUUAUCUGAGGUUUGAUGGGUUGCAGAGCCCAGUUAGCAUGCUGUCAACUGCUUUGCGCUUGAGAAUGCCAGAUGUGCUUGGGUUAAAGGAGUGGGACUUUCAUGUACGUUGGAUAUUUGAACCGAACACUGUAGCCACUGAAGGUAGUGGCUUCCCUGGCAUGACUGUAGCCACACAACAUCCCUAUGAGUGAGACUGUGACUUCAUUUUUGUAAAUGUGGGUGAUAAGGGCACAACUAGUCAAAAUCAGUCAGUUCCUCCUUUUGAGAAGAGGGGUUUGAAUCCAGCUCAGUGUAACAAUCUGCCCACCACCAGACCACACUGUGGCAGAGAACACUGUUUGCAUCUCAUGUCCCAGCUGAGUGAUGCAGAUCUCAAAUAUAUCAAGUGUUUCUUUGUGUUGGCGGGCAAAAGCACAGAGGUCAAGAACCAGCUCCUUCUCCCACAAGCAUCUAUACUCUUGAUGUGGCUUUCAGGAUUAUUCAGCAUGUGUUUGUAGACAGUAUUAUGAUGAUGAUUAUUAGAAUUUGACUUUUUUGGAGCUUCCUCAUGUAACCUCUGAACAGAAUGUUAUACUGACAUUCCCAAUAAUGUCAGCCACUUCGCUCUUAAAUGGAAACCAUAUGUUGGGCUGUGUGCUGCUUCCUAUUCCCUCUCCUCCUUCCCAGUAAUAUCUCCCACAACUAAUUUUAAACGCCGGUUGAGCUUAAAUAUGUAUCCUCUUCUCUCCCCCCCCCCCCCGCCGCUCUUGCAUAGCAGCAAAGUCAUUUGACUCCUGUGGUUUAACAUCACUUAUAUUCUCUCAAUUGUUUCAUCUGCUUUCACAAGUUGCUACACUCCAGCUCCUAUGAGCUCCAGCCAGCAUGGCCAAUGGUCAGAGAUGAUGGGGUUUGGAGUUCAAUAACAUCUGGUGGGAACCAAAAUUUGGGGAAGGCUGAUUUACAUAAACAUGGGGAGAUUUGGGUGGCUGGUGUGAAUGCGGUGGAGGACUGAACAAACCUCAUUGUUACCUGUUAUCCACAGCUUUUGUGAGCGAGUUGCCUUGUCACUCAACGUCUAUUAUAAAUGUUAGUAAUUUGAACCUCCCAAAGAUGUUGCAUGGCCCCAGAUAAUGGAAAUUAUUAUUGCAACCAAAGGGUAGCCAAUGUGUGGUGUCCUAUAUAUGAUGUUAGACUCCCAAUUCCCAUCAGCCCCAGCCAAGCAUGGUCAGUGUUCAGGGAUGAUGGGAGUUGUAGUCUGUGACAUCUGAAGGGUACCAUGUUGGCUACCCUUGUUGCAACUUUUUCAGAUAAGCACCAGAGUUGAAUUCAUACCUGAAAGCCUUUUCAAACUUCAUGGCCUUGCCGUGUUCCGCAGCCGCUAUUUUAAUCCCCACAACUUAUUUAUCUGAGCAUAUACAGUAUUCUCUUGAAAUAAAUGGAGGCGCUCUUACAGUAAACUAUCCAUCUUUCCUUUCCUCCCCCAGUGGACUAACACACGAGUCUCACAAAAAAGAUGUUGAACAGGUCUACCUCCGCUGCGCCGAAGGAUCCAUAGACUGGAUGUAUCCCACAGGAGCGCUGAUAGUGAACCUGCGACCCAGUAUUGUAUCUUCCUCUUCCAAGCAUUGGACUGUCUGCAUAAAGCCCUUCAAGGACUCCGCAGGAGCAAAUAUUUAUUUGGAAAAAACUGGAGAACUGAAACUGCUGGUCCAAGAUGGGGAUCACAGCCCCGCCCGAGUGCAUUGCUUCAGCUUUGAACAAGGCGGACUCUUUGUCGAGGCCACCCCUCAGCAGGACAUUAGCAGGAAGAUCACAGGCUUCCAGUAUGAACUGAUAAACAAGGGGACGGCAUCCGAUUUGCACAUGGUUUCUGGUAAGUUGCGAGACGAUCCAUUGCAGUUGCACUGUCCUGGUUUUGAAUGCUCAGUGUCUGCCAAAGUGAAUGUGAAAAUAGUACACUACAGUCCAUCAGUUGUCUGGUUACACAAAGUAGCUAGAAAGAAAGUUGUACUCUUCAGAAAUGGUUAUGGUGAAGAGGAGCUCCUUAUAGGAAGAAAAAUGUUAAGAAAUAAACAGAUAUUUCUUACCUUUCUAACAGGUCAGUGUUAUGCAACUUUGCUUGUUGCUCCUGAAAUGAACAACCUGUAUUCUCUCUCUCUCUCUCUCUCUCUCUGUGUGUGUGUGUGUGUGUGUGUGUGUGUGUAUAUAUAUAUAUAUAUAUAUAUAUAUAUAUAUAUAUAUAUUUACCUCAAGGUACCAAGUCACAAACCCCUGCCCUUUUUAAAAAAAAAUAUUAUUGCUUUCUCUCUACCCCACACCUUGUGUACAGGUAUGAAUUGUGAGACAGGCCCCAAAUCAAAAUGAUAACAUAAAUGACUGAAAAGAGAGGUCAUGAAUUGUAAACUUGGAGCUACUUUGCACAUGAUAGACUUCCCAGUAGGAAAGUGCAUGUACCUCAUUGGGAGAAUCACAUGAGCCUGUUGUCCUGCAUGUACAGUGGUUCAGUGGCAAGUGAUUCAGCCAAUUGUUGCUGGACAAAGACUUCCUUCCUCAUUCCACUCCUAUUGUUCUGCUUCUGUUCCUCCUAUUCCUUGACCUAAUUACUCUUUUGUUGCAAAGGAGUGGUUCUUCUCCUGGGGCAAGGCCUGCCUUAUCACAUCUUAUAAUCUCCUCAAUCUCAGUGAAGAUGUACAGUUGAUAUGACACAUCUUGCCAUGUGGUGUAAUUUAGCGGUGCCUCUGUGCCUUUAGCCCAAACAGGCCUUAGGGACCUACUACUUAGGUUUUCAGCCAGAUAUUUGUAUGGUGGUGGUGCUGCUGUUGUGACCCACCAUAGAGCAGGCCAUGGCCCAGUACUGAGUUCUGACCCACCACUUUUGCACUAACAUGUAAAAAAACCCCAUUUCUUUCAAACGUUUGUAUCUUCAUGUGUUUUAUUCCCUCCAUCCUCAAAACUGCAUUGAAUAAAGAAUGCAUGGAAUGGCCUAAAGAAUAUGCACUGAGUUAUUAACAGCAUCCUAGGGGGCACAGAUACCUUUUGUAUCAAACAGGGAAAGGCCAGGGCGCUGUUGGGUACCGCCACCAGUUUUCAGACAAAUUCAUGACUGGGCAGUUUUUCAGGCACCUGGGUUGGGCUGGUUGUGGUCUUCAGAGCUGAAAUUUCACAUCAUAUUAGGUCACUUGCUAUCCUUUGAUUCUGAUGAGACACGAUAUAAAUGCUUUGUGGCUACUGAAGCACCACUUAAUAACCUGCAUUUCAAAGUCACAACACACACAACUUUUGAGUCCAGCUCCUACUUGUGCUUCAGGCAUUCUUUUUUGGGUUUUUUUUGUCUUUUUGAGUGGAAAUUUUCGGUUCUGCAAAGUAAUGUUGGCUGUCUUUCAAUUCAAAAUGUGUAGACUGCAGACAUCUGUUUUUUUGGGUGACCUUGCACGUGUAACUCUACUUUGGCUGCAACAGCUGCUGCAAUUCUCCGCAGCAGCUGAUAGGUGGCGCAUUUGGCAUUGCAACUGACUAUUGGAUCUUUUGCUCUCAAUUAUGUUUUUCUUUUUGCUUUCUGAGAUAUUUUAAAGUUGGAUAUUUUGGAAUCUUAAAUUAUUUCUAGAGACUACAUUGCAACAAAAUCUGUUGCAGUGCAUUCCUGCUUCUGUGCAGUAUUAAGUCCCACUUAAUUUAUUGGGACUUGAGGUAUAAGAUAGUAACUUUAGCAUAUGAUUGCCCAUAUUCUAGCAAACCACCUGCUGAUUAUUUCUGUAGAUUCAGCUAUAAAUUUAUAAGCCCUUUUGCACUCACUUAGUUCUUCCUCACUUAAACUAGGGAGAAAUGAACCGCACUCCAUUGUUUAGUGUUGCAUCUGAGCCAGGGACCAUGGUUUAUUCUACUCCAGACAAACCAUAAUGAUAAGCCAAGAACAAGCUUCAGUUCCAAUGUAAUGCUAAGCCAGGGAUGGUGGUCCCCCCCCCCCAAAUGUGAGCAGGAGGAAUAAAGCAAGUGUGAUCACCUCGGCUCAUGGGAGGUAAGCCAUGGUUCGUGGUUUACUGUGGUACACAAAGGCUGUCUCAUGUUUGGUAGCUAGGACCCAUCAGUUAAAUUCUAGUGAAAAUUCUUCUUUUUUUACACCACAUUUACAACACAUUCUUAUGCAUUUCAGGUGCAAAUCCCACUGAGUUCAAUGGAACUUGCUUCCAGGGAUCAUGUGUAGUAUUGCUGCAUUUGCCUUCCUUACUGACUAAUGGGAGGCAGUAGAGUUCAAGAAAGGUGUGAAUUGAUCCUAGCUUGAGAGAUAAUAGUUUUGAAGGGCUAAAAGAAGGCAGCUGUGAAGUUUAUGCUUAAUGAGGUUUCACAUAAGUUGAACUUAUUUCCCCCUCCCUGCAGUCAUGUACUCUCAUCAGCUAAAUGACUACUUGCCUCUCUUCCUGCACCCUUAUGAUAUUACUGAACCCUGCCCUUAAUUUUUUUUCUGCUCCUUUUCCUAACCUAGCUGUCAUCAAAGCACCCGAGUCAUCAUAUUAAUACUUUAAUGACCCGUUGUGCCCCCAGAAUUAUGACAUUGCAGAGUGCAUCAGCACAUAAGCAGUGUUUGGCAGAGUGCCAUGGUUUUAAUUAGUAGUUCCAGCAUUUUAUUAGUUUACACUCCUCCAUUCUCAAUCUGGGCUUUGCAAAUAAUGCCAUGAAAACUAGACUUCCCCAAGCAAGCUUCUUGGAGCAGGGAACAAACACUGUGUUGUAAACCAUGUUCUGUUGGUUUAGCCAUAUUCCUAUGGUACAUACCCAUUUAUGUUCUGUGGUUUUUGGGAGUUUCAUUCAAAGACAUGCUAUACAGUGGACUUGGUUGUCAUUUGAUGUUAAAUCCCAGGGUGUAGGAUUGGCAGAGGCCAUGGCAGGUGAUCUUCAUUGUGUAUGCACUUGACUUGAGUUCCCUCCACUCCAUAAGUGAGUUUGAAACAUUUUGUGAAUGAGCAAAGAUUGGGAAUUACCUUUUUAAUGGAUAGCAACAUGUGAGUUGUGUCUGCUGCUAAUUUCAGCAGCUGAAAGUGAAUGACUGGUCCACUGAUGUAUGCUGACCUAAGGCUGGAGUUAUGUAAAUAGGAAGGAGUAAUUAGGCAGCAUUUCUAUACAUGUGGCAAAAAGAGUGUGUCCGAUGCUCAUGCCACCCCCUCCUGUAAGCACAAAACCACAAAGUUCACAUUGGACUGUGGCGCUGAAAGUGAACUAUAUAACAUCAUCCAGGAGAUACUGGUUUCACACACAGUGCUAAACCAUGGCUUAGUGCUAUGAGCAAGCCCUACGCAGCAGCUUAAUUCUGACUUGCUAUGGUCUAUGAAGCCACAGGCUAUGUCUUGGUGCUAUGUGCAAACUAGCACCCUUUCCCAACCGUGACAUGCUUAACACCUGCACCAUCACCACCAGGUGCUCACUAAACUACCAAAGCACAAGAGCAGGCAAAGAACAAGCCAUCAUCUGUGGGACAAAUUGUUAACACGUUCUUUUUUAAAAAAAAUAACAAACAAACUAUGGCUUAGCCUUAUGUGUGAACCAGGCCACUGUGUGAUGUGUAGGAUCUAAGGGCAGAGCUACACGUUACAAAGAACUUGCAUUUUGUCUCUGUAACAUCUUUUUGCCUGCUUUCCUUGCAUCAGUAUGCUACACAUUUUCAUGCUCUCAUCUUUGGCAACCGGUGAUGUAUUUUUUUUGUGUGUGAGUGGGGACAUAAUGAUGAAUCAGGACAUGGGGUAAUUUGCAAUAGAAAUUCAACAUGGGGCUUCUGAGUGUGUGUGAGAGAACAGCUACUUCUCCUAAGAAGAGGACAAAGUAGUGAGUAACUUUCUUCGAAAUCUUCUGAGAUCAGCUUGAAAGCUAUAUAGCCAGUGGCACUACCAACUGAGAGGAAAACUAAUAAAAUUAGAGACAGCCCCCUCCCUCCCUUUCCACUCUGUCUCACUCUCUCAUAUAAAUAUGGAAUGGGAACUUUACUAAAGCACUUGAGAAUAAACAAAGAAGGUUUGGGGCUGAGGCUCGCUCAAAGGUAACCACUAUAUGCGCACACAAAAAUACAGUGCUGCCUCAAAUCUUUCUUUCUUUUUUUUAAUGAAAGGAAGGAAAGUUGGGGUCCCUCACUGAGCUUGAAUAAUCUUUCUUUGCAGCUGUUCAUCUAGGAUUCCAAUCCCCUUACUCAUGUUGAAAAGCACUUUACUCCAUGAGAGUUUGCUCUGUAUAUUCAAAGUGCUUUUUAAACUCCAAGCUCCUUAGUUUUCACUGGAAAACUGCUUCCCUGUGCCUUAGCCAAGAUCUGCAAACUUAAUUUACUGGAAUUCAGAAAUAUAAGCCCCUGUUACCUUCAGGGGUUGUUCUGCAUUAGGCCAAGUCAAACUUUAACAAACAUUUCCUCUAUCUUGAUGGGAUCUACUUCUUGUAAGGCAGGUCUGCCGGUUUAUGGGUUUGCUAUAUUUUAAUGUCCGGUAGCGAGUUGAAAACAUUUAUAAAUGCCCACAUUGAAAUGCCGCUCAAGUUAAGUGAGAACAGUAACCAGCUUAUUUUCCAAAGGUUAAUGUUUGAGGAAUAUAGCUCUUGAAAAGCCUUUUCUCUGGUAUGAGGCAAAAGUGUGGGUGGGUGGGAAACAGAGAUGAAGGAUGGAUGUGUACAGGUGACACACACACACACCUCAACAGUUGCACAUGAUGACAUUUGGGACAGAUUCUGGAAGCAGGUGAGGAAUGUUACAGAAUGCCUGAUAAGAUACAGAAAUUAGGAAGCUGCCUUAUAUACAGUCGGGCCACUGCCCAAGUAGCUCAGCAUUGGCCACACUGACUGUAGCAGCUCUCCAUGGUUUCAGACCAGGGUUUUCGCCAUCUCUACCUGGGGAUGUCAUGGAUUGAACCGGAGACCUUCUGAAUGCAACACGCUCUGCUGAGCUAUAGCUCUUAUCCAAGGACAUGCAUUGAUUUGAAUUCAGGGUCUCUCUUGACCCUGUGAUCCACACCAAUGUAUGGUUGCAGGAGAACCACGGUGUCCUGACUGUAAAAAUGGUUAACCCUGGUGGAGACGUAACCAUGGGUUAAUAUGCAGAACAGAAUGAACAGAGGAAUUUGCUUGUGGGGGGAGGGGGUGGUGGAGAGCACACAGCCUGGUUCCAAGGUAUGAACCAUGGUCAGUGGAACAGCAUAAACGCAUCUAUGUGAGCUUAGUAUCUCUCGUGUUCCAAAUAUAGCACCAAAACCAAGAAAAGCACAGGGGACUGUGUAAGCUUUGAAAUUUUCCCUCCCCUCUCAUCAUGUGGAAAGGUUCUUUGGGGUAGAAUGUAUGGUCUGAGUAGGCCUAAGGUGGCAAUAAAGUCACUUCUACGCCUUGCAAUCCUGUCAAUUAAUAAAAGCUUAUUCCCACCCCCUACCUUUCCUCUCAGACACGGCUUCUCUUUCAAAUGUCAAGUAGGCAUUCGACUGAACCUUGUUUAAUGAUUCACCCCCACCUACCCUGUUCUUUUGGGCUUAAAUUUUGUUGGCAGGAGAGGAAAGGGCGGAAGGAUGUGUGAGCAAAAGAGCUGUAGCUUAUUUGAGGCUGCACAGGCCCCUGGAACCUGCUUUGCAGAGUUUUGCCUGCCAAAAGGCUCAUAAUGACCUUUUCACAAAAAAGCUACGUUUUCAGAGCCAAAGCAAGGUUACACCCAAAAGCAGUGGCUGGGAGGAGAGAGAGAGAGAGAGAGAGAGAGAGAGAGAGAAAGAAAAAGAGAGAGAAGGGGAGAGAGAGAGGAGCCCUCCCACCCUAACAGUGACGCAUCCCAUUCUGGAGAGGCCAAACAGGUUAUUUAAAAUUAAUAAAUGAGCCCCUUUUUUUCUUAGUCUAAUCCUUCAGACAUACAUGCAUUUUAAAAAAGGUCAGCAGGUUCUGCGGGUACUCGGAGUAAUAUGAUGCAGAUUACUGGAAACAUAAGUCUGUAUUCUCAUUUUUAGAAGCCCAGUCAAUUUUUAGCCAGCUAACAUCAUAUUUGCAUCUUGCAGUGUCCUUAAAAAAACCCACAAAAAACCAAAACUGAUUAGGUGAGACAUGUACAGGUACUUGUCUAAAUACUACAGCCUUUACCAGCCUAGUAUCCUGCAUAUGUUUUGAACAGUUCCUAAGAAUAUAUCUGCAUGGGGUUUAGGUGCUGGGCAUCUUCUGUUGAUGUCAGGGCACCUGCCUGUAUUCAGAAUUUAGUAUUUGGAUCUCAUCUCCCUGAAGCUCUGAGAUUGUUUCUGGAUGAAAGCCCACUGAGUAAGGCUGAUUCAUGCUUGUGGUUACCCUGAGCAGCAGUAUGGCUUGCUACCAAGUUUCACCUGCGGGAUGAAUAAUGCAACAAUUCACAGGCAACUGGCAUUACAACACCCUCCCACCCCCCCAAAAAAAACCCACCCUGAAACUUCAAGCCACCGUAAUGAGGAGCAAAUGAACUCUGAAGCGCCUCGCUGGAUUUCUCAAAAGUGUGGUCACUUUUGCUGAUGUGGUUUUAAUAGGAGGCAGAGAAAAUACGAGGCUGCUGUCCUAUAGGAAGGCAUGAGCUUUGCAGAGUUUAAUGGCACUUGGGUCUGAGUACUCACAUAUAGGAUCAAACUGUUGAAGAAACAGGUUCCUAGCAUUUGAUGGCAGAAAUUAGUUUAAAUGUGUGCCUUCUUGAAUUCAAGGAGCACCAAGCAGAACUACCAGAAGGUGGGACUUCUGUGCUCUGCAUGGCUCUUCAUCCUAUUCCAGGGCUUUAGCAGAAACAGAAUAAAUGUGGCACGAUAAGGAUAUUUUAUUUAGGUUGCAGAAUUUGGAUUACCUUGCAUCAGAAUUUGGGGUUUUUUGGGCGCAGUGUACACAAAAGGCAGGUCCCCCAGAGUGAGUUGAUGUGGCAGUCUAAAAUGAUUACAUAAGGCAAAUAUUUGGGUUCAGGGGUGACUUCUCUGAAGUUUUGCUGUAAUACAAGAAACAACAUUUUUAUUAUUAUUUGAGAUUAAAAGAAGGAAGGGCUAGAUCUCUCUCUCUCUCUCUCUCUCUCUCUCUCUCUCUCUCUCUCUGUGUGUGUGUGUGUGUGUGUGUGUGUGGCGAAAGCCUAUUUUGUGGUAGUUCACAUUCAUUUCAGUGAGACUUGGCCCAGGAGAACAGCUUUGUGGACUGCAUUUUCCCUUUUAGUCAGCAGCCGCUGUGGCACGUUCCACACUUCAGCUAAAGCCUUGUCUGCGUAUGCAAUUCCAGAUGUUGCUAUAAUUUUGCCCAACAUUCCGUGAAAAAAGUCUGAAAUGAACCAAAAUCCAUGCCUCCUCCUCCACACUUCCAGCCUCUCUCAGAAACUGCUCAUAAAAGAUUGCUUAGGUUAUUUUGAAAGGCUUCCUUAAACUUUGAUCUUCUUUCACUAACUUGCUUUCCAAGUUUAACUUUAACCAGCUCCUAGUCAUUUAAUUCAAUUCCACUCCAAUCUGGAUUCCAUAUGGGGCUGAGACACUUUCCUGGCAGGGCUCCAGCUUGGGUUAAUAUAUACCAGGGCUUAGUUUUAUUGUCCUGAUACCAGAGGGCAAGGGAAAGUUAUUUUUGUGCUCAGCAAAAUAACAGAUAAGAACUUACAAGUAUAAAAGGGCAGGAAACUUGUGGUGUGCCCACAAGCCACCCCCCUCCUUCUAACUAAAUGGAACAAGAUAAUUCUAAGAUCUUCCCUUUUCUCCAUAGCAAACAGGACAUACAAUGCAGAGUAUAGAAGAUCCAAAUUUCUGAAAGAGAGAUUGGUUGAACCAGGGAGUGAUGGUUUGGGACCAGGUUUUGGUGCGUUCACAGCGCUAUCAGUAAAGAUGAUCUUUCAAUGACUUCUGAUGUCAGGGCAAGCUCUAGUUUCCUAUUACUUCUAAACUGGCUGAACUGUACCCUUCUUCUGUGAUGGAGGUUUGGGGGCAUGUCUUGCCCCCAGACCUCUCAACCAGGUUGCAUUUAGCAGCAUGGUCCAAAGGGAGGUCUGUAAUCCUGCACAGAGUUUUUGAUUGCAGGGAAGUUUUGGGAACCUUUGUAUAUGCUCCCUCCGUCAUGGAUGGGAAAGGCAGGGCUGAUGUGCACAUGGUGACUUGUUUAGAGCCACAAAGCCGAGACAAGUUUUUGGUUUGAACCCAUGUCUCCCUGGCCCAAGGUUUGCCUUCCUGCUUUUCCACAUUACACAAAGCAUUUUCCCUUAGGAAGGGGCAAAAGAAACUAAAGCGGUCCAUUCUUUAGGACACAGACCAAGCCCUGCUGCACAUGGGGUUCCGGACUUGAAUUUUCUAAAAAAGAAAAACAGGUUAACCUGUAAAUACGUUUAAUGAAAUACCAUAGUCCCAGCGGGCAAAGUCAGUCGAAGGAUGCAGGGAUUGUUUUAUAUGGUGAACGUUCAAAAUGAGAUGAAUUGUUGUUUUUCUUAGCUUUUUUUACCUUUUUAUGACAAUAAGCCACAAGCCUUAACAGGAAUGAAAGAGAAUUUGAGAUUAAUAACUUUGUCAAAUCCAAAAGAACCAUUGAGAGCGCUUAAGCCUUGUGAAUAUAUUAUGUUUUCUUCAGUCCCCAGUUGUGGUGGCAAACCCCAGGAUCCCCACAGUGAAACCUUAAGCUUUCCUCAGGUGUAUGUUGCUCUGGUUUUUAGUCGACUUGUGCCAGAGACCCGCAGACAUUGAACCCGUUCACCCAUUAAAUCUUACAUUUGAGUGUGCUGAUAUCAAGCUUCUGUAUGACUCUGGUCUAACACAAUUACUUCUCCAUUGAAAUAGUGAACUUGUUGAAGUGUUAGGGCAGUGUUGGUGCACUUUUGUGAUAGGAGGCAAAGGGGCAUUUCACAGAAACAGUGAGAGAACCCGGGACUUCUGGGUCACAUCAAGAAUGGUGUCGGUGGGAUGUCCAUUUUCUCAGUGUGGUGACAUGAGAGAGAUCAUCUUCUUAAGUAACAUGGUGCUCCUCAAAUGUUGCUGGACUAUAAUUCCUAUCAUCCAUGAUGGUUGGUCAUGCUGGCUGGGCAUGAUAGGAGCUGGAGUGGUUUGUUUGGGGAGAAGCACUUCAGAUUUUUGUAGCACUAGAACUAUUCAGGAAGCAUCUCCCCCCUCCCCAUUUUUGCAUACUAGAGCUUCGAUUUGUUUUGGAGUUGUGGCUUUUUGGCCCUUGAGUGCACCCUACCUAAAACAAUUCCCAGCUGUUCAUAGUUUUCCCCACCAUCUAACAUUUCCAUUCCAGUCAGAUUUGAUCAUAAUUGUUGUCAACCUUGGAGAAAAUUGGACUCUCUGAACCCACAUAUAAUUACAGAAGAGCCACUAGUGUUGGAACAGAUUUCCUUCCAUAAUGAAUAUAAUCAAACUCUGACCACUGGUACUCAAACAGCUGCCAAUAGUUGAGCAACCAGUUUGCCCUUGUCUCGAUUUUGGAUUGAAAUAGUCGCUACGUGUUGAUUUAAAUGGGCGUAAGUUUAUGAUCUUGCAUCCAGCAAUGGAAGCAUACAUUGCUUUGAUUUUUAAUGAGUUUAGUACAUAUGUACCUAGGUGCAGGAUCUCUACCUUUACUUUCUGAAUGUGAACGAUAGAACUUUGGAACCACUUAUGAUUCCUCAUUAUAAGUUUCCAGUGUGUCUAUUCCUCCCUGACAUUCCCUAUAAUUUACACAGCUUUUUCUUAUAAACAUUGUGAGAGAAGCUAGUUCGUUUUGUUCAGCAGCUGGAUGUUGUUCUCAGUUCUGCAAUUAUGGCAUAGGCAAGUUUAUGGAUGGAAUGAAGAUGGUGACGAGUCAAGAGAAACACGAUCUUAAGUUCAGCGUGCCUUUAAAAAACCUUGUUUUUGUCAAACCCCAGAAGAAAACAAAAGUUCUCUUCUACUGCUUUCAUAGCUUUUCAUUAAUACCAGAAGCUGAUUAUUGUUGGAGAGAAUAACAGAAUUACAGAGUUGGGGGGUGGGUGGGCAUCAAAUGGCACCUACUCCAAACCUCUAUCAUUGCAGAAAGCCCACUACUCCGGCAUCUCAUUCAGACUCAGUUUAAAACAACUGAGAAGGGCUGAAAUGUGUUGUGUCUGUUUGGCAGUCUGAUCCACUAUUCAUGCCAUCAAGAGGUUUGUCCUUAACCAUUUGCAAUCUAAAUACUCCCUCCCCCCUUGUAAUUCAAACCUAUUGGUUCAGAUUCUACCCUUUGGAGCAACAGGAAAAUAAAAUUGGCAUGUGACAGCCUCUUAGUAGCCUCAUUUCAGACUAAAUGUGCCUGACUCCUUCAGCUUUUCAUCCUUGAGCUUAGGCCAGAUCCACACCAUACAUUUAAAGCACAUUAUUUCCCCAAAAGAGUUCUGGCAACAAUAGUUUCCACCUCAUAGAGAUAUCAAUCCCCAGCAUCCUUAACAAACUGCAGUUCCCAGGAUUCUUAGGGGGACACCAUGUGUGUUGAAUGUGGCUUUAAAUGUAGGGUGUGGAUCAGUCUCAAGGUCCCUGACCAUCUUUGCUGCUUCCUUAGUUACAUUCCAUUUUGCUGGUAUCUACUCCUUUGGCAGUGCCUUGGAGCAAAAUGUUUAAGGGUGGUGGUCCCAGGGCAGGUGUUAGCUGUGGGACUCCAGCAGCUUUCUGAAGGUGCUGGGUCUUAAUGCUGGGCUUGGUGCAUUUUGUUAUUUUUGUUCUUUUAAGGUUAGGUGCAUCCUUUGCUGUGUAAUCAUGAAAUAACCUGUCUUAAAAGAACUGUAACACAAAUUACUGGCCCCACUCUUCCUUGUGCUAAUAUUAGGAACACAAAAACCCAAUAGUAUACAUAGCACUUCUCACCCUGGUCGGUAUUUGAGGAGCUCUAAUGGCAAACCUACCUCCAGGCAGUAGCUGGAGGUGAAUGACUGCCGGCAAGAGAGGCUUGGCCAUGGGGUAACUGAAAUCUACAUAUUGUGUAAUGUAGAUGAUGAGAAUUCCUCAGUAAGACAUGUUAACCGCAGGGGGAAAGCUGCAAGAAAUAAUGUAGACUUUUGACCACCUUGCACCGACCCAGGAGUUUUCAUGUCCAUUUCUUCCUGUUGCAGAGAAGUACUGCAAUUGAAGGAAAUAAGUGUUCUACAGCGUUAGUUGGCUUGCAGUAAAGCCUAUUGCCAUGGUUUCAGCAGAAACCAAGAAGUCACUUGGCUAAAGGCACCUGGGCCUACACUGCAGUUUCACAAGGCAAAAUGUAAAAAUAUCUCCACUUUUCCUGUACAGAAGUAAACAGAGGGCUUUCAGAUGCACUAGUUGGCAGUGGGGGUCAAGGGGUUGCAAGUGCGGGUAAGGGCUGCUUUAGGUUACUUCAGGUCACGACACUCCAUCAAAGGAAUUCCCAGUUGAUUUGAUAGCAAGCAUGCACAAUGCCAGCAUUAUGCCAUGGUCUCUUUAGCAGAGCUAGCAUCCGGCUUUGGAAAUGUAGUGAAAUUGCUUUUCUUUCUCUUGCAGAUUGGAUUAUUGGGGAGCAUAUGUGGUUUUUAUUGCUUGCUUGGGAUUCUGAGCAUUGGGGAUAUCUAAACCUCUGCCAAAAGCAGAAAAUGCAUUAGUAAGCGUGAUGCAUGUAUUUUUUGUUUUCUUAAAAUAUAUUUAUAUUGCUCAACAUGGUGGCGGCGGGGGGGGGGCAGGCUUUGCUUUUCUAAGUGUGCAGGAGAUUUUCUCAUAAAAAUGUCUCUAUUCAUAAAUCUUAGCUGUAAAUGAUUCCUUCCCAUAGCAACACACAAACUAGGAAGUCAAUAUAAGGGUAAAGGGACCCCUGACCGUUAGGUCCAGUCGUGGACGACUCUGGGGUUGCGGCGCUCAUCUCGCUGUAUUGGCCGAGGUUGCCGGCGUACAGCUUCCAGUUCAUGUGGCCAGCAUGACUAAGUCACUUCUGGCGAAGCAGAGUAGCGCACGGAAACGCCGUCUACCUUCCCACUAGAGUGGUACCUAUUUAUCUACUUGCACUUUGACGUGCUUUUGAACUGCUAGGUUGGCAGGAGCUGGGACCAAGCAACGGGAGCUCACCCCAUUGCGGGGAUUCGAACCGCUGACCUUCUGUUUGGCAAGCCCUAGGCUCUAUGGUUUAGACCACAGUGCCACCCAUGUCCUUUUAGGAAGUCAAUAUAGAAGUGCAUAAAUGUGCUCCUCAUCGGCAUCCUUUCACCUUGUGAGAAUCCUUAAGCACAAAGACCCAUCAUUUUUGAUGGUCUGAAUGUUGUUGGACUUUGAAUAGCAUAUUGUAGAGUUUCUACAUGUGCUUCUUCUCCUACCAACCCCCACCUUAAUGCAGAAAGCACCUGGUGCACUGUGAAGAUUUUAUAUAAGGUAAUAAAUGUUGGGGGAUCUUGCUCUUACAUGUUUGUUACAAGUGAUCCUAACUGUGGCAUUGAGUAGACUCAAGCACUCACAUGUCACAGAAGAGAUUUGCCCAUCCAGUGCCUGCCAUCUCCACUGUGAUAAUGACUUCUAGGUGCAUGCUGCUUCAGGUAGUUACAUGACAAGUGCAUAAAGGAAGGCACGAAUCACUCAGACUUCUUCUAGGCACUUCCUUGUAGUGUCUAAAUUAAAGCACCCUUUGUCAAGCAUGCUCAAGAGUUGUGUACAGAAACCCCAAAGUAGUAUUCAGUACUGUAUGUGCUUUCCCUUGCAUUAGUUCCUUGUACUAAUCAAGAAAUCAUUCUUGCAUCAAAGAGGGAACAAUUUCUCUGCUCAGGCUUCUCUUCCUCUUGAAAAAGUCGUGCUUUGUAUGUGUAAUCCUAUUAUAUGAAGUACUGAGCUGUAUAUAAAUCAUCUGGCUGGAGCAAUUGGUUGGAUUUGGAGACAUAAUCCUUCAGGUUGGGUCAGUGCUUCUCUGGGACCUUCUGUUCUGCAAUAUUAGAUUUCUAAGCUGAGGCAAGGAAAUUCAGUAUUCUAGGCGCUAGCUAGCUCUGCUGGGGUGAGCACAAGGUAGGUCAGCAUCUCUUGGUGGAUCUUUGGGUGAUUUUCAGUAGACCAGGAAGGGUUUUCUGACUCCCAAUUGCUUAACAAUAGCACCUGAGUUAAGUGGCCGAAAUGAAGAAAGCUGACCAGAAGAGGGCUUUUGUGUGAAAAACUCAGCUUAGUUCCCAUGCUGAAAACCAUAUGUCUGUUGCAAGCACCAGGCUCUGCUUGGUGGGUCACAGGAAUCUUAUAAAAAGCAAAAGUAUGUCUGACAGGUCCAAAGUCUACCAACCCUCCUGAACAAAACCGUCAAAUGUUACUUGUAUUGGACCAGGCAGAUGUUCUCUGGGAGUGGACUCUUGUUGUAGUGAUGCCCUCUUGAGUUCCUUGUUCUGCCCUGUUAUCCCUUGCAAAAAGUAAUAAGCAAACUGGGCUGAACCUUUACUUGAUUAUCCAGAAAUCCAGUCCCCUCAGUUUAGGAGUGGAUGCUGUAUCCAAACAAGAGUUUGCAUUCAGAUAAAACAAGAAACAACCCAAGGUAUCCUUUCCAUCUAAGCUGGCUACUUACCUAGUUGAGAAUUCUCCAUGGGGAACAGUAUCUGACCAGGUCGUAGGAUUAUGAUCCUAAGCACAUUUACUGGAAUGUGUUAUAUUCUGCUUCUUAGGUCCAGGGUGGUUAACCUGUAGCUCUCCAGAUGUUGCUGGAUUACAGCUUCCCUCAUCCCUGACCAUUGGCCAUGCUGAUGGGAGUUAUACUCCAACAACAUAUGGCUGGUCACAGGUUAGCUGCUCCUCCUGAAUUUCUCAGCUGUUGUGGGUGAUUUUCUCUAUAGUAACAGAAUACUAGUGUGCUAGCUAGCGACUCACAGGAUACAGUGAAGUUGUAGAAGCAGCCACUGAUGGAUUCUAUGAGCUGGCGGUGUGCACAUUAAUGCCUUUCAUGUGGCUAUAAAAAGGGGGCGGAGUGAGGGGCAACUGAUUCACAUCUUCUUAAUUCCAUUGAAAUCAGUUGGACUCUUUUUCCAGUCCUGAAGAGCCAGUGUGGUGUAGUGGUUAGAUAAUCAGACUAGGACCUGGGAGACCAGGGUUCAAACCCCCACUCAGCCAUGAAGUUCGCUGGGUAACCUUGGGCCAGUCGCUGCCUGUCAACCUAACCUACCUCACAGGGUUGUUGUGGGGAUUAAUUGAGGAGAACCAUGCACACCACCUUGAGCUCCAUGGAGAAAAAAGUGGAAUAUAAAAUAAAAUAAAAUAAAAUAAAAUAAAAUAUGAGUUUAAGGAUGGGAUCCCAGGCUACUUGUUUCACUUUUGCUCAAAUGGAAAAAAUAUAGUCAUUAAAUAGCAGGUGGUAUGAGAGGAGGGCAAAGGUUCUAUAAUCUUCCAGUGCUUCAGUUCUGUCUUAAGCCACCAAUGAGCUUAAUUUUGGAUCCUUACUACAGUUGGAGGAGGAGGGUUUUCACAUUUAUGAUGGUUGCAAGUGCCUUGUUGGGAUGACAAAGAAGGUCGUGUUCUUCACCCAACCCCCUUCCCAGUCUCUGGGCCUCUAGCGGGUAGAUUUAAUUAGCAUGUUGCUAGAUAGGGCAGACCUCUGAGAGAAAAGGAAUUCCAUAACUGAAUAGGGUAUUAUAGAAACAUCUGCACUCCUAACAGCACCCACCUUCUCCCGGCAGAAGUAGCUGGCCCCGUACAAAGAGCAGCUACAUUCUUCCCUUGAUUAGAUUAGCAAUAGGGUCUCUCUACUGCAGGGGUCAGCAACCCUUUUCAGCCGUGAGCCGGUCCACCGUCCCUCAGACCAUGUGGUGGGCCAGACUAUAUUUAGGGGAAAAAAUAAAAAUGAACAAAUUCCUAUGCCCAACAAAUAACCCAGAGAUGCAUUUAAAAUAAAAGGACACAUUCUACUCAUGUAAAAACACGCUGAUUCCCGAACUGUCCGUGGGCCGAAUUGAGAAGGUGAAUGGGCCGCAUCCGGCCCCCGGGCUUUAGGUUGCCUACCCCUGCAAUAGGGUCUCUCUACUGUUUCUAGCCUACAUGAUUCUUGGGAGCUGUAAUAGAUCUGGCCUUUAGUCUCCACUUGAUCUUCCUGUCUCAGCCACGUAUGACACAAGAACCUUUGUUUCUUGAAACAUACUUGAAUCAGCAUUUUCUUAGACCAAUGAGGUUUUGGAGCAGACCUACUACAGUGUGUGUUUGAUCACAAAGGUCACCAAGUAGCUAAGGGAUGGGGACUUUCUUACUUGUGAUCUGGUCCCCGUGAUCAUGAUUUGUGCAGAAAAAGUGCCAGGCAAACUUGACAUUUAUGAAUGUGAUUUGCUGAGGCUCCCAUAACCGUCCUCUGGCACACAGCUGCCAUGAUUAUUGUGAAGCAUUUCUGCACCUUGUGGCUGGAGAGAAAACAAGUAGAAAAUGGCCCCGUCCAACAAACCUGGAGAGCCUGCCCGGAUUCUGCAUUUCCAUAGUUUUAAGCCAUAGAAAAGAUCUACACCAUCUUGAAUUGCCAGCUUGUCACGAUCAAACUUUUCCAUGUAUAACUCUUCUCUUUGCACUCCAUGCAGUUAGGUAUGGGAGUGACUUUGGUUUAAAUUUUCAAAGGAGUGCCAAAAAGGUGGCAGGCGUUCAAAACAAAACAAACAAGACUGUAGGCAUGGCACUUGAAUGGUUUUUCACUGUGGCAAUUAUUAAAGAUAACCACCUUCCCCGCUGUGGCACCUGCUUCCUGGAUCAUCCACCACCCACAUUACUUUCCACUUAGAUGACAGUUGUGUAUGAGAGAAGAAAUAAACCCCUAUAAAGGUUAAUGAUAAGAAAAAUAAGAUUAUGAUUUCCACCAGAUAGCCAAAUUAACUCAGAAGCAGGGAAGAACCUGCUGUAAAUCUAGUCUUUAAAGCGGGGGGGGGGGGGAUCCUCAGACCCAGGGGCCUCAACUGUGUCUAUCUGGCCCUCUGAUCUCUCCCCAUACCACCUUCUCUCCUCCAGCCUUGCCUCUCGCCAGUCCUGCUUCAUAACUUCCUUAGGUGUUUUUGUCUGGCUGGAAAAUGUCAUUGAAGUCUAAUGAUGCUUUUAACUUGCCUGGAGGGGGAGUGUGAGUAGAAACUAACCUCUUGUGCAUAGGUGGAUGUGUUGCUACCAAACUUUUAGAAGACAUCUAAAGGCAGCCCUGUUUAGGGAAGCUUUUAAUGUUUAAUAGGUUAUUGUAUUUUAGUGUUUUGGUGGAAGCCACCCAGAGUGGCUGGGGAAACCCAGCCAGAUGGGCAGGGUAUAAAUAAUAAAUUAUUAUUAUUAUUGCUAUGCCCAUUUUUGCCACUGGCCCCACCAACCUUUGAUAUGUGCAGCAUCCACACACAUCCCCCCCUUCAAGAAGGGAAGGUGGGCUUCAGGCUGAAAAACGGCCACAUCCACACCACACAUGCCAAGCACUCAGAUCACUUUAACAGAUGUGGUUUUCCUGACAUAAUCCUGGGACCUGUAGUUUGUUAAGGGCGUUUUUGAAGUGGAGUAAGAGUUCUUGAAAUGUAUCGUGUGGACAUGGCCAAAGGUCCCUCCCCUGCUUGAUAGGGCAUUAUUUCUGCCAAGCUAAAGAUGUGAGCUCCCUGCAUGCUGCUUUCAGUGGUGCAUCAAGCAUGACCUUUGAGGUUAAAGGGUGUUUGUGUGUGUGUUUAGUGAAAAUCCUUCGGGUUUUGUGGCAUUCACGUUCUUGAGAUACUGAAAUGCCCUUUCUGUUUUCCUCAGCUCCCUGCCGCCCUUGCAGUGACACGGAAGUCCUCUUGGCUGUCUGCACUAGUGACUUCGGUAAGUUUAUUUGAUUUUUCUGUUGCUGUUUCCUUCACCAUCACGCUCUCAAACCCCUCUUUCCCCACUCCCUCAUUGUGACAACCUGCUGGAUUUGGCUUGCAGAGACCUCAGCAAACAGUGAGCAAACUGAAAGCUCCGGAUUGCGACAAACAAGGGAGUCCUUUUCUUCCCAUUUCGGAGUAAACAAAGUGUGUCCAGAAGCACAAAGGGGGAAAGGGAGGAAAGGGCUUUUAUGGGUUUUAGCUCUGAAGAGCUUCAAUUAAAGUCAUUGUAUUUGGCUAGCUCUUUUCUGUGCUGGACAAAGAGGGACAGGCGGCAAUAAUAGAGGUAGAAGUUCAAAGGUUUUUAGGGGAAAGCAUUAGGAAUUGCCCUCUUGAUGUUCCUAAAUGGAACCUUAACAAAAGCCCAAAUACUCAAAUGCCUGUUUUCAUAUAAAUGUGGGUUGGGUUUUUUUGGGGGGGGGGAAGGUAAAAAAAGAAAAGAAUGGAUGAGUUUUACAUGUUAUCCCUGUAUGAUGUGGAUGGAGUAGGGCCCUUUUCUACACCAUAGGCCUUUAUGUCCCCAUGGAGGCCAACCCACAAUGUGCUUUAAGAAUAGCAGAAUAUGAGAUGGGGCAGUCUGUGUCAGGAUGGAAUAGGAUAAUGCUGUGCUGGUCAGGGAGCGUUGCGCCUAUCCAUGUCACUAUUGCAGUUUAAUUUGGCCCAUAUGACUGGGCUCACCUUUCAGUAAGCUGGAAGUCCAUGAUGGGCGGUGAAAUUAGAUUUGAAAAACUGAAAGUUAAAACAGUUCCAAUUCAAAGAACUGUCUGUAAGCUGUGAACCACUGAGAAAACAGAUCUCUUUCAUGUGUGUAUCCACUGAAACUGUGGCAUAUAGUCUCACUUGUGUACAGUCAUACCUCGGGUUACAGACGCUUCAGGUUGCAUUUUUUUCGGGUUACGGACAAGCCGAAACCUGGAAGUACCAGAACGGUUUACUUCCGGGUUUCAGCAGGCGCGCAUGCACAGAAGUGCUAAAUUGUGCUUUACACAUGCGCAGAAGUGCCAAAUCGCAACCCACGCAUGUGCAGACGCACCGCUGCGGGUUGCAAACGUGCAUCCUGCACGGAAUAUGUUCGCAACCCGAGCGUCCACUGUCUAUGAAUAGCUGUGGUGUAAAUGGCUCUGAUCAGUUUUGUAAGCAGAGAGCAUGCCAGAAUAUGUAAGCUUGAUUGCUUUAUUUUGCUCUAAAUAUAUUUUGCCUGAGAGAGUCUGAUACAGUAGUUCCUAUUUGGGGUUUGAAAAUUUCCAACACCCUGAGUUCAACUACUACAAGGUAUCCUUUUUCUUUCCAGCCUCCCCCAAUGGUCUGCACACAAUGAUCUUAUGCCCCCCUUAGUGUCUGAUGCCUCAGCUACUAAUGUGUUUUAAAGUAAAGUAAAGGUAAAGGACCCCUGACAGUUAAGUCCAGUCGCGAACAACUCUGGGGUUGCGGUGCUCAUCUCGCGUUACAGGCUGAGGGAGCUGGUGGUUGUCCACAGACAGUUUUUCUGGGUCAUGUGGCCAGCAUGACUAAGCCGCUUCUGGUGAACCAGAGCAGUGCACAGAAACGCCGUUUACCUUCCUGCCGGAGUGGUACCUAUUUAUCUACUUGCAAUUUGACGUGCUUUCAAACUGCUAGCUUGGCAGGAGCAGGGACCGAGCAACGGGAGCUCACCCUGUCGUGGGGAUUUGAACCGCCGACCUUCCGAUUGGCAAGCCCUAGGCUCAGUGAUUUAGACCACAGCACCACCUGCCACCAUGUGUUUUACCUUGCUUAUUUCAAAUGGUGGUAUGUCUCUCGUGUUGGGGAGGGGGCUUUUCUUCAUCCUGCUGAAUGGGACCCUAGACUUCUGCCCGACCCUGAUGCCGCCACUGAGAAAGACAAGUGGCUUUGCCCAACGUGACUUGCGAGGUAGCUGUUUUCCUCCUAGUGAUCGUUAGAGAGCAUUAAAGCAAUUUUCCCACGCUUGGAAUGUUAAGGAAAUGUUGUAAUGAAACAGCUGGGCAUGUUGGGUCUUGGACAUGUGCUGCAGAUAUAAAUACAGUGAACAGAAUGGGCAAUAUUCUGACUGGGGGCGUGAGGGUGCAGCACCCAGGAAUUGCAGUGGGAUUGAUCUAGGUUAGCCAUGCUGGAAAAUGCUGCCCAGACAGGUGGCAUCUUGCUGCAAGUGUUUCUCCCUGGCAGUGUGCCAGAGAAUUCAAUGUAAAUGUUCCUGGGCCAUUAAUAGAAUGCAACUGAAAUGUCCUUCUCUCUCUGUGUGUAUUUAAUAACCUUAACCAUGCAAACCCUAUUCGGUGGUACUUUCUGUAGGAGGAAUUUUGAGUAUGAUAUAACACUUUGUUGUGAGUAACGUCUUCAAAAGAAGACAAACCUGGCUGCCUGUUGUAAAUUUAACAUUAAAAAAGCUACUCAUGCAGGUGUUAUGACUUCAGUGCAGGAAUAUACAAUGAGGCUGAGAAAUACCCUAAAGCAGGAUGCCCAUACUUGGGUCUCCAGCUGUUUUUGGACUACAACUCCCAUCCUCCCUAGCUAGCAGGACCAGUGGUCAGGGAUAUUGGGAAUUGUAGUCCAAAACAGCUGGAGACACAAGUUUGGGGAACUCUGUUCUAAAGGAAAUGUGCUUUGAGGGCAACAUUGCUUGAAUUGUACCUUACUUUCUGGUGGUGCCACCGUCCAUUGUCUUCAAGGGUGCUGCUGAAUCAGUUGCCCCAAUUAUAAUCCUUAUGCAGAACCCAACUGAUAUUAAGCGGAAUGUUAGGUGAAUAUAUUUGCAUGUAUAAACCCUCAACCUAAUUAUGUGUCCAAAUCUUUCUCCCCAGUUGUCAGAGGUACCAUCCAAAAUGUAAUCAAUGAGGAGGAACAGCAAGAUUCCGUCAUUGACGUGAGUGUGAACAGAAUCUACAGGCAGAAGACCAAGAUCUUCAAGCCCGCAGAGGAGAGUGGGAGGUGGCGAGGACAGAUCAAGACCCUGCUGCAAUGUGGGGUGAAACCAGGAGAAGGAGACUUCCUCUUCAUGGGCCACAUGCACUUUGGGGAGGCCAGGUUAGGCUGUGCCCCUCGCAUCAAAGACUUCCAAAGGAUGUACAAAGAGGCCAAGGACAAAGGGCUGAAUCCAUGUGAAAUUGGCCCAGACUGAAAAUGGCAUUCCUGAACCCUUGGGGCUCGGCCAAAACUAAUUCUUAGUUGCUGCAGAUGCGCUGAUCUAAAUGGAACUAAUAACUUGGAGUGGAACAAUCUGAUGUCAGGAGUGACAUUGUUCUCCUUUUUGGAGGUCCUUAAGAGGUGAUUGGAGGAGCAUCUAUCAGGGAGGGUCCAAGUCUAGUGACUCCUGCUGAAGCAGGAGACUGGAGUCCAUGACCCUUGAGGUACCAUAUAACUGUUAUGAUCUUAUGAAAUACAAGAACCACAGAAGCCAAUCCUUGAGGCCAAUGGCACUGUUACACGAAUGGAGGUACGAACCAAACGAUCCAAGGCUGGACUGCAAUCCCACAUCUUGUCCACGUGAACUAAAUUAUUAUUUUUUGGUAACUUCCUUAGGAAAAUGACGAAAGAAGAAAUGUGUCACAAUCUCCAUGUCUUAAAAAUACCAGUCGACUGGUGACCCUUUGUAUCUUUGUAAUACUAAUGUUUUAAAAAUGUGUUAAGCAGAUGUAGCAUUGUUGCAUGGCAUAAGAGGAUGACAGCAUGGUAGAAGCCGGUGAAACCAUCUUAACGUGGAUGCUUUGUAAAAAGCUUGGUGUACAAUAAUUGAAAUUGUUUCUUAUGACAGAAAUUUAUGAAACCAAACACUUUCUUUCCUUUUUAAAAAAAAAUUAAAAGAAUGUACAAUUGCCACCUGCAAUUUUUGCUCAGGCUGGUGAGUUGUUUCCAGAGAAAUAAAAAGUUCCUGGAUUUGAGCCAGUGUUAUUGUGACUUCCAUACAUUCUUCCCUUCCCUGCUUUAAAUAUUUCAUGGUUCAGGAUGCAAAGGUGCUCUUCUGUAUCAGAGAGGUGACAAAAAUACUGCUUAACUCUCAUGCUUCCCUUGUUUCAUGUUCAAACAUGUGCCAGAUGUCUGCACUGACUUCUGUCUGGGCACAAGUUACGGUGUCAGUCUUGAAAUGUUGCACCCUGUAAAAGGUAAAGGGACCCCUGACCAUUAGGUCCAGUCGUGGACAACUCUGGGGUUUCGGUGCUCAUCUCGCUUUACUGCCCAAGGGAGCUAGCGUACAGCUUCUGGGUCAUGUGGUAGCACCCUGUACCACUCAGCAAACCAAGGAUGCUGUUUCCUUACCUUCCAUAUAACAUUCCCAAGAUUUGCCAAGAAUGCCACCUUAAUUAUGACAGCCCUGCAGAGAUUCUAAUACUCAAAGACCUAUAGAAGAGAUUUGGUAAGUGUCCCACCCUAAACAGAACUUGCAUUUUGUUGGAACACUCAUGAGUGUAUUUCAAAAGCAUUGGAGGGGACAGCUUAUAGAUAGGGUUCAUUGUUGUAGAGAGCAGCCUAACUUGCUAUAUGUAUCCAAUGACAUUUUUAAUAAUUCUACCUGGGGGUGUAAAUUUGCUUGAACAUUGGAAACGUAAAUAUAUUAAAGUCCGAAUUAUCACAACCACUUGUUCAGGUAAAGCUGUUACCUCUGCUCUUUCCCAGUUUUAUAACUUUCAGCAGGUACGUGAUUCCUCCGUUUCUCUUCUGCUUAUCCUAUAGGCUGAAAAGUUGCACUCCUAAAUUAAAUCCAGGAUGCUGAUCACC